CCCUACUUCCGGUGUGUGAUGGAGGUGGAUGAGGCGCCAGUUCAGACCUUUCCCUCGAUGGUUGAUCGCUACUUUAGGCGCUGGUAUAAGACAGAUGUUAAAGGGAAACAGUGUGAAGAUCAUUGUAUCUUACAGCAUUCUAAUAGGAUAUGUGUCAUCACUUUGGCAGAAUCUCACCCUCUUUUACAGAGUGGGAGAAAAAUAAAAAGCAUUAGCUACCAGAUCAGUGCCAACUGUAGUCGACUACAAAACAAGGUUUCAGGAAAAUCUAAACGGGGUGGACAGUUUCUUACAGAACUUGCACCAUUAUGCAGAAUACUUUGUACAGAUGGUGAGGAAUACACAAUAUACAGCUGUAUCAGAGGACGUUUACUGGAGGUAAAUGAAAAUAUUCUCCAGGAGCCCAGCCUUCUACAAGAAAAGCCAUCUACAGAAGGAUACAUUGCUGUUGUAUUACCCAAAUUUGAAGAAAGCAAAAGUAUAACCCAAGGUUUAAUUAACCAGGAACAGUAUCAAGAUAUUAUUUCAAAGAGACACAAGACAACAGCAGCAAUAAUGGGAAAUACUGACCUCUAAACCCCACAUCUCUUAGCGAUUAUAUUCCUUAAGUUAAGCUGUUUUAUUUCAGAUGAAAAUUUAAAGCAGUAAUAUACUUUAAAGAAGUGUUUAAAUGGAUGGUCUGUGAUGAAGCAAUAGUUUUGCUCUUGAAUUGUAUACUUGGAUAACUGGGGAUGGUUCUUUAGAGUCAGUUUUCUUCAGUUCAUUGCUCAUUGAAAAUAAUGUUUAAAACAAUAUACAAAAAGUCAGUUAUCGUAUUACCUGCUUUUUCCUAGAGUUGUUUAAAGUUGUUUUAAGAUUGUACCUUGUUUAAUGAGAAGGAUUUUUGUAUAAUAGCGUUUAAUUUGAAAACCAGUGUAA